AUGCGUUACUAUAUACGGAUUCGCAUUUGGCUAUGCACCCAGUUGCUGAAGAUGAGAUGUGCGUACGGACUGCUUCGUCCACAGAAGACUUGCGAUGAGAACUCCCCUGUGAUCUUCCGGAUUCGAAUUCGUGGAAGCCGCACGAAUCCAGUGCCGCACGAUGAUGGUGUUGAUGGAAAAUCUUCGAACAGCUAUGGGAACAAUCGGCAUCACAUUCCAAUACUGCAGGCCAUCAUUGAGGACCGUAUUGGCCGUCGAAUGGCCGAUUUACGUCUGCUCAAUGCGCAACUCCUAGAAGAACUGAACAUGUAG